CGGUUAUUCCGUUUUAUAAAAUGGCGGCUUGAAGAGGGGCGAGAGCGGGGUUGGUACAGGUGAAACGUGAAAGCCGGGAACUGAAGUGCUGGGAUUUUAAAAAUAAGCAUUACGUUGAAUUCUAUUUGCGGUUUUUUUUUUUGAGUUGACGGAGAAAGAGCUGUGAUGGCAAAGCGGGUAGCGGACAAAGAACUGAAUGACCGAAACUGGGAUCAGGAGGAUGAAGGAGAAGAGGCUGGAACAUUCUCUGUUGCAAGUCAAGACGUCCUGAAAAAUAGGGCUAUUAAAAAGGCCAAGCGCAGAAAUGCAGCAGCAGAGGGAGAGAGUGGUGGGAACUUCAAAGGUUUUAAAGGCUUCACUCUGAGUGCGUCUGGGUCGGCAGGAGGCUUUGCAGGAUUUGGAAAUGGUUCUGGACUCAAACCUCUGUCUAGCCUCACCAAUGGAAAUGGGAGCUCAUCCAGCACACCCUCCUUUUCAGGAUUCAGCAGCACAUCUGACUCAAAAGCCACGACUGAGUCGUUAACAUUCAACGGUCCUGCCUCCUCCCAGCCACAGAGUAAUGAUGUCAGUAGACAGUCGAACGGCGUGACUCAGUCCAGCUCUGCCCCCUCGUCUCAGAGCUCCAGCCGUUGCAGCCGCGAGUACAACAGACAGCUCACUGCCCUGAACUGCUCCGUGCGCGACUGGAUCGCGAAGCACGUCAACGACAACCCCCUGUGCGAUCUCAACCCCAUCUUCAAGGAUUACGAGAGGCAUUUAGCCACCAUCGAAGAGAAAUACGGCGGGAGCUCCGACAGCGGCUCCGAGAGCGAGCCCGGCAGCAGGCAGGCAGAGGCGCAGCCGGGCUCCGUUCCCGGCUCCUCCGGCGCGCCUCAGCAGAAAGCCACCGCAGCUUUGUUCUCGUUCAGCAAGGAGGAGAAAGAGAGCAGCAGCGCUCCCGCCCCCAGUGCCCCUGCUCCUAAUGUCACCUUCAAUUUUGGGCAGAAGGUAGACAGCUCCGCCCUGGGUCCCCUGCCCGCCAGCAGCACAGCCAGUUUCUCUUUCUCCAGCCAGGGCACCGGCUCUUUGUUCGGGAGCCAAGGCACGACUCCAGCCUCAACUUUCUCCUUCACCAGCGCUAAAACCAGCGCCCCCAGUGAAGAGAAAACAAAAGAUGAAAAUGCAGGAGAUGAGGAAUCUGAGGAGCCCCCUAAGCCUGUUGUUAAUGAAGUGAAGGAAGAUGAUGCCUUCUUCUCAAAAAAGUGCAAACUGUUCUACAAAAAAGAGAAUGAAUUUAAAGAAAAAGGAGUUGGAACACUUCAUCUGAAGCUUGUUGCAGACAAAAAGACCCAGCUUCUAGUGAGAGCAGACACCAAUUUAGGAAACAUCCUGCUGAAUAUUCUGUUGCAGUCAUCAAUGCCAUGUACAAGAAUGGGAAAGAACAAUGUCAUGGUGGUCUGUGUCCCCAAUCCUCCAGUGGAUGAGAAAAAUCCGACGGCACCUGUCCCCAUCUUAAUCAGAGUAAAAACAGCAGAGGAUGCUGAUGAACUACACAAACUCCUCCUGGAAAAGAAAGCAUAGCUUAGAGCCACACUGCACUAUGAUAAUUGUCUGCUUUUUUCCUCUCUGGUUUUCCUUGAUUCUGUCCAGUUUUAGUUGUCCAGUGGUAUGGGAUGCAAUGAAAUUUGCAAUGUUAUAGCACAGUUUAUAUUGCUGUGAAAAGUCAGAUUUUUGAACAUCUUGCUGUAAUCUGAUUAACAAGAUUGAAAAUAAAGGACUCCCCUGCUUUGUUGCAUGCAUAUUUUAGAGUUUUAUAGUUAUAAUACUGUGAAAUUUAAAUCCACGUUUAAUUUGCCUUGAAUCUAGGCUAUUGGACAUUGAUUUGGCCGAACUCUUGGCUUGGUAACUUGAAAGAUUUGUCAUCUUUGAAACGUGAAAGGGAUGUCUCCUUAUGUACAUCUGUUUUAAUUCAAAAACAAACAUUAUGAGCUGCCUGGAUUCAGUAACAUUCCAGUGAUUUUUUUCUUUUGCUGCUAUCAUUUAAGUAAAUUGGAAUCUAUAACAGUUAAUAAAUUUCCUCGAGCAGUUUUAAUUUAAAAUGUCAAUGGUACUUCAUUCUUUUUGACAAUAUUGUGCCAGAAAACCUGUAACUACCUGUAACUAUGGGAAUCAUGGCUGAAUAUGACUAUUGUACAGUUGAAUAUUUUAUACUUCUGAUAAAAUGGAAGUCCGUUAUUGACUUGUCUGAAAGUGAGAGACUUCUGGCGGAGUCUGAAGUGACCCGUGUGUCCUUUCCCCUUGGAUGUUUGCAAACUUCUCCCGUAUAUUAUAGCACCAUUUAGACACUGCCUUGCAUUGUAUGUCUUUUGUAACUUAGCCAUUUAAAGUUAUUUUACUGAAGCGAGUGAGCUCAUUAUCAGAUUGAAAUGAAAUACAGUUUAACUUUCAGGUUUUCACAGGUUUUUCUUAAUUGUUCAUAGGAUAUCUGUAGUUAUCAGGGUUUUGAUUAGAACUUGAAUUACCUAAAUUUAAAACGUAGAGCAUUGAUUCCUGUCUGUUAAAAAGGAGUUUAAUUAAAAUAUUUAUUAUAGCAAAUUAUUAGUGUUUGACCACUUUGGUCUACAUAUUUUAUGUACAGGAUACUGAUAAACGUCGUUGGCCUAUUCGGAUAACGUUGACCAUUAACCAUGCACUCUGGAGCAGUGAAAAUUGGGGUGUCUACUAACAUGCACAAAGACCACGUAAGCCACAGGGCACCAACUGUAUCAGUGUCUGCCAGGCUUGCUGCUCAAAGAACAUGCUGUGCAUUCUGUUGUACAGCCAAAGUGAUGUCCGUGCCCUCUCGGAUGUCUUGACCAUUGUUCCGUUUCUGUGUAGCGUUUCAUUGCUCCAUGGUUCACAAAUUUAAUGAUGGCUCGGAUAAGCGAUCUAACUUCAUAAGCAUUCUGUAUAUUUGUUUUGAGAAAAAUGUUAAUAGAAUUAUUCUGUAUUUCAUAGCAAUUUCUGUUCCACAAAUUGUCUUAAUUUUCUUGAGGUUUAUUGCAGAUGAAAGUCAGCAGUGUGUCAGAUGUUUAGUUUAUGGCAGUCAGUAUUUCAGAAUGGAACUCAUUGAUUUUGUUUUCAAAGUGACCUUUGUAUUGCCUUUGUAUAAGUACUGACCUUUAUGCAGAGGUGCCCAAUAUGUUUGUAAUAGCUGUUUACAAAGUGAUUGGUGAAUAAACCAUAUUACACUUUCUUGA